CCCCGACAGCGCCUGGCAAUUUAAUCCUCCCAAUCUUCACGCCAAACAUGGACUCGCUGGCCCAACUUAUCCCGCCGGCUUUCCAGCCCGUUAUCCCCCACCUCCAGUCUCAAGGUCCACUGCUGGGGGUUGCCUUGCUUUCGCUCGGGGCGGUGUAUCUGGGUUACGUCUACGUCCUGAGCCAGAGGGAGGCUGCUGUCACAUUCAAUGUUCCCAUUCCGGCGGAGGUUAGGGCCAAUUGGGAGGGGAAGACGUGGGAUCAGCUUGAGGGAAACGAGAGGAAGGUGAUCGAGGGGCAGGUUCGAGGGCAAUGGAACGACAAGCUGAUUAUGAGCUACUGUCCGGCGGAUGGAAGAGUCCUCGGCUCCGGAAUCAAGCCUGCCACCCCGGAAGAUGUCGACCAGGCUAUCAAGGUUGCGGCAAAAGCGCAGGAAGAAUGGGCCAAGACCACCUUUGCUGAGAGGAGGAAGGUUCUGCGGACUCUGCUGAAAUACGUCCUCGACCACCAAGACGACCUCGUGACCGCCUGCUGCCUGGAUUCUGGAAAGACCAAAGUGGACGCCGCCUUCGGAGAAAUCCUGGUCACCACGGAGAAGCUCAAAUGGACCCUUGACCACGGUGAAAAAGCCCUGACGCCGGAGUCGCGCCCAACAAACUUCCUGAUGAUGUACAAGAAGAACACGGUGAUCUACGAGCCGCUGGGGGUGGUCUCGGCUUGUGUGUCCUGGAACUACCCCUUCCACAACUUCAUCUCGCCCGUGAUCAGCGCCCUUUUCGCAGGAAACGGUAUCGUGGUCAAGCCCUCCGAGCAGACGGCCUGGUGCACGACCUACUUCCUGGAGGUCAUUCGCGGCGCUCUGGCCAGCUGCGGGCACCCCCGCGACCUGGUUCAAAGCGUCGUCUGCCUACCUCAUGUCGGCGACUACCUCACCUCGCACCCAGGCAUCUCCCAGCUCACCUUCAUUGGCUCCCGCCCCGUAGCACACAAGGUCUGUGCCUCCGCCGCCAAAGCCCUGACUCCCGUCACUGUCGAGCUGGGCGGGAAGGACCCCUCACUGAUCCUGGACGACGCGCGCACUGUCCAAGAACUGCCCGCCAUCGCCUCGAUUCUCAUGCGGGGUGUCUUCCAGUCUGCAGGCCAGAACUGCAUCGGCAUCGAACGUGUUAUCGCCCUCCCUGGCGCCUACGACCGACUUCUGGACAUCGUCUCCGCGCGCAUCGCCAAGCUUCACCUGGGCUCCGUCCUGCUGUCCAAACAGGGCGCACCUGACGUGGGCGCUCUGAUCUCCCCAGCUUCGUUCGACCGCUUGGAAUCCCUGAUCAACGAUGCCGUUCAGCAGGGCGCGCGCCUGAUUUGCGGGGGGAAACGAUUCCCCCAUCCCGCUCACCCGCUCGGCCACUAUUUCGCGCCCACUUUGCUCGCAGACGUCACACCGGAGAUGCGCAUCGCGCAGGAGGAGCUCUUUGCGCCGGUUUUUGUACUCAUGCGUGCCACCUCCGUGCCCCAUGCUAUCGAGAUCGCCAACUCGACCGAGUACGGGCUUGGGGCCAGCGUCUUCGGCUACAACCAGCAGGACAUUGCCCGGUGCAUCAAGGCGAUCCGGUCGGGCAUGGUCUCGGUCAACGACUUUGGGACCUUCUACGCGGUGCAGUUGCCAUUUGGUGGCGUCAAGGGGUCAGGAUAUGGACGGUUCGCGGGCGAGGAGGGCCUCCGCGGCGUGAGCAACAUCAAGGCGGUGUGCGUGGAUCGGUUCCCGAAGGUGAUGGCGACAAGAAUCCCGCCACGGGUGGACUAUCCGAUUAACAAGGGCGAGGGCGUGCGGGAGAAUGGCACGGGAGCGUGGGAGGUGUGUAAGGGGGUGGUGGAGACGGGGUAUCAGCUUACGUUAGCGGGCAGGGUGAGGGGGAUUCUGCGCUUGUUGGGGAAUAUGUAGUUGUAACUACUGGUGGUAUGUGUAUAAUUGAGGAGUAGGGACUGUAUUAUAGGGUAUCAUACUGAGUACAUUAAUCAAAGAACAGAG